UAUUAUUUGUAAGUAGGUUGAGCGCUGACGAGGGACUGAAGGAAGAGAACUGCAGAGGAGAGCUGCUGUUGGGGCUUGGGGGAAUUGGGGAGUCUUUGAACAAGAAUCAGAGUCGCUGUAGAGAGAGAGAGAGAGAGAGAAGCUGAAGCCUUGGGCUUUUUGUAGAUUUUUCUUUGCACAAGCUAUGUGCUUUUCUCUGCGAAGUGUCCAAAAGGGGAGACAUUCUGAAAUGGGUCUCUGUUGGGAUAUGGCUUGCUCAAGCGUUGUAGCUUUCAUCAUGCUUCAUUCAAAUCAUAUCCUCUGACUCAUUGAGAUUAUCUUGUGAGAAGCUGUUUUAAGAAGAAGCUGGACAUGAGUAUGUUGGGGGGGACAUGCUUGAGCCAAGGGAAGCUGAUAUACCUGCCUUGUUUUUGGUAUUGGUUGUGCUUCCUUUGGUUACUUACAUUUUACUUGGAAAGUGGAAUGAGUCUGCAAAGAAGAAGGAGAGGAUAAGCCUGCUUGCUCAGUUGGCAGCUGAAGAGGAUCUCCGUGUAGAAGCAAUGGCUACUGCAAGUGUUAUCCCUACUUUGCCAUCUUCAAAGAUUGGGUUUCAUGAGUGUGCGAGAUGCUUUAGUCCAGCCAUCACUCGCUGUUCCAGAUGCAAAUCUGUUAGAUACUGUUCUGGUAAAUGUCAAAUACUUCACUGGAGGCAAGGUCAUAGGCAAGAUUGCUACCAAUUGGGGGCCCCUGGCUCAAAUUCAUCUCCUAAGCCUGUCUCAAUUGAAGACUCUGUUGACCAGAGGACUUUACUAAAUGAAAACUUGAAUAAGCUAUUCUAUGGAUAUGAAAUUAAGCAGCAGGAAAUCACCUCUCCAGAUAAACCAAAUCAUGCUCCUAUUAACACAGCUAUUGCUUCUACCACUACCACUACUACUGCGGUUAAUGCAUCUGAGGUUUCUUUGCUCGAGGGAAAGCUGCUAGACAAGCAGGUUUCUAGUAGAUCCAAAAGAGAAUGCUCAAGAAGCGAGGAUGUUGCAUCACAUGGAUCUUCUCAAGAAGCCUACAAUAGUAGGGUUACUGAUCCAACACUGCCUAAUAUUAUAUCCUUGAAGGAGAUUUCUUUGAGGCAUAAGUUAGGAAAUGAUGAUCUAGUUGUAUCUUCAGAAGAACCUUCCUGGAAACACCAUGCCAACAGUCCUGUGGUCAUUCAUGGAAGGAGUGUUCCUAGAAGCACUAAUCAUGAAAGUCACAAGUUAAGAGGAGAAAAUGGAUGCAUAUUUCAGACAGGCAUUGACUCUCCUAUCUCAAACUCCUUAGAGAAGAAUAGGACAAACUUGGGUGAAACUGAGAAGGGCUUCACCUUGAACAAUGAUAAUUUCCUUAGGGAAGGAUUGACUUCUAAUGAUGAAGCAUCAUACUUGAACUCUUCCCCUGAAAUAAUCUCAGUCAAGUCAAGCAGAAAACUUAAGGGUAUCUUACACCCUUUAGAACCAAAAAGUUCUAGCUCACCAAAAUCUGCGCUCAAACUAGAAAGGGAAAAUGCAUGCUCAGGUGUAGGGAGAAAGGGGAACACAGCAAAUGAAUCAAAAAUCCAUCAAGUGAAUGCUUUGAUGGAUAUCCGUGCACAGAGCAGCAAUGGUGUAUCAGAUACUGGAAUUAUGAAGAUGAUGGGCCUAAAGAAGUCACCUAAAGUUUCUAGACAGGGUGUUACAGGGGCUACUAGAGAUACUCAUAAGAGAAAUAAGGUUCUUUUCCCUUAUGAGGAAUUUGUAAAGUUCUUUCAAUGUGAAAUCUGGGACUUGUAUCCUAGAGGCCUUUUAAACUGUGGGAACAGUUGCUAUGCAAAUGCUGUAUUGCAAUGUUUGACCUGCACAAAACCUCUUAUUGUCUACCUUCUUCAGAAAUAUCAUUCAAGAACCUGCUUUGUGAAAGAUUGGUGUCUCAUGUGUGAACUUGAGCAGCAUGUAAUGAUGUUGGGAGAAGCUGGAGGCCCUUUGUCUCCUAACAGAAUCCUUUUGCAUAUGCGGAAUAUUGGUUCUCAAAUGGGUGGUGGUAGUCAGGAAGAUGCUCAUGAAUUUUUAAGGCUUCUAGUUACUUCCAUGCAAUCUAUAUGCCUUGAGGCAGUGGGUGGUGAGAAGCAUGUUGAUUCAAGAUUGCAAGAAACAACCUUCAUACAACAUACUUUUGGUGGUAGUCUCAGAUCAAAAGUCAAGUGCCUGAGAUGUCAUCAUGAAUCUGAACGAUAUGAGAAUAUAAUGGAUCUUACAUUGGAGAUACUUGGUUGGGUUGAGUCACUGGAGGAUGCACUUGCUCAAUUCACUGCAGCUGAGGAUUUGGAUGGAGAAAACAUGUACAGAUGUGGAAGGUGUGCAACAUAUGUUAAAGCCCGAAAGCAAUUGAGUAUACAUGAGGCACCAAAUAUCUUGACAAUAGUUUUGAAGAGAUUCCAGACAGGGAAAUAUGGAAAAAUAAACAAAUGUAUCACAUUCCCAGAUAUGCUAGACAUGAUUCCAUUCAUGACUGGAAUAGGUGAUAGCCCUCCACUGUACUUGCUUUAUGCUGUCGUUGUGCACUUGGAUACAUUGAAUGCAUCAUUUUCAGGGCAUUAUGUGGCCUAUGUGAAAGAUCUACAGGGUAUAUGGUUAAGGAUAGAUGACACAGAGGUUCAGCCAGUGCCAAUGAGCCAGGUGAUGUCUGAAGGUGCAUACAUCCUUUUCUAUUCGAGGUCUUGCCCACGCCCUCCAAGAGCUUGUUUUGGGAAAGCUACUUCACUGCAAAGUCCAUCUUCUGCAAGGCAUUGUACAUCCAAAACUCAGAAGUCUUCAAGACUAGAGCAAACCAAUCCUAGUGGCCACUCUAUCACCUCAGGAUUUUCAUCAGAUCCCAAACUAGAAAUUAGUAUGGGGACAAGCAACCAAACCUCUAACAGCAUUCUAAGGAGUGCAAAUGUAAAUGUCUUGUCUAUGAGAGAGAACUAUGCCGACUCAAGCACUGAAUUUCCAGAUGCCACAUCAAGUGAUUGGUCCCUUUUUACAAGCUCAGAUGAAUCAUCAUUUACCACUGAGAGCACCAGAGAUUCUUUUAGUACUGUAGACUAUGCUGACUUCAACUUUGAUUCCAUAUCCUCAAUAUUCAACACCUCCUACUAUCCACCAGAAUACUCUCACGGAUCUCAUUCCUGUAAAAGUUUCUCUCGUAGUAAGCCACAUAUACGAUUCCACUCAGAAGACAAAGGUUUUGUUUUGGACUCAUCCCUGUCAAACCAACCCCUAGACAGUGUACAGAAUGGGAAUAAUCCGAAACAGGUCAGCAUUUUUCCGACUGAACCUGUUCCUUCUGUUGGUAACUGCAGUUUAUUUGUGAAAAACGGGAGUAGUCCCAAAAGAUAGUUUUGCUCAAACAUCUGGUCAUUGUCAACUGUAAUUUUAGAAUCUUGUAGUGGGAAUUCCCUUCUGAUCAAAUAUGUCACUUCCACAGUAAUUACACUUCAGGCUUUACUUGUUUAACAAAUCCGUUAAAUGGGC